AGAACACUUCACUUUCUCUCUUCUUUACAUAAAACAAACCACUAAAAACCAUGGCCUCCACUGACGUUUCCCAACAACUCUCUGACUUGUCUCUCAAGCCUGAAUCUAAACCCUCCAAGUACAAUGAAGAUGAGGAAAUCCUCAAGGAGAACCCCAGACGCUUCUGUCUGUUCCCAAUCAAGUACCAUGAGAUUUGGCAAAUGUACAAGAAGGCUGAAGCCUCUUUCUGGACCGCUGAAGAGAUUGAUCUGUCCAAGGAUCAAAACGAUUGGGAAAACAAAAUGUCUGCCGAUGAACGUUUCUUUAUCUCCCGUGUCCUUGCCUUCUUUGCCAGCUCUGAUGGCAUUGUCAACGAAAACCUAGUUGAACGUUUCUGCAAUGAAGUCCAGAUCAGUGAAGCCAAGUGCUUCUAUGGUUUCCAAAUCAUGAUUGAAAACGUGCAUUCUGAGACUUACAGUUUGCUCAUUGACACUUAUAUCAAGGACAAUGCUGAGAAGGAAUUGCUCUUUGAUGCGAUCGAAACCAUUCCUUGUAUCAAGAAGAAGGCUGAUUGGGCAUUCCGCUGGAUCUCUUCCAACGGCUCCUUUGCUGAACGUCUUGUAGCCUUUGCUGCCGUCGAGGGUAUCUUCUUCUCUGGCUCCUUUGCCUCUAUCUUCUGGUUGAAGAAGCGUGGUCUCAUGCCCGGUCUCACCUUCAGCAACGAAUUGAUCUCCAGAGACGAAGGCUUGCACACCGACUUUGCCUGCUUGCUCUUCACCCACAUCCGCAACCAGCCUUCGCAUGAACGCAUCCGAUUCAUCAUCACCGAGGCCGUCGGCUUGGAACAGGAAUUCUUGACCGAAGCCUUGCCUGUGUCAUUGAUUGGUAUGAACGCCAAGCUCAUGUGUCAGUACAUUGAGUUUGUCGCUGACCGUCUCUUUGUUGCCCUGGGUCUGCCAAAGCAUUACAACUCGACCAACCCCUUCGACUUUAUGGACAUGAUCUCGCUUCAAGGCAAGACCAACUUCUUUGAGAAGCGUGUCUCAGACUACCAACGUGCUGGCGUCAUGUCCAAGGCCCCUGAAGAGAAGCAGUUCACUUUGGACGCAGACUUUUAAUACAUUCCCCCCACUUACACUUCCAUAGUACACUACAUACAAAAGAAAGAAAAAAAAAAGAAACCAUCCCCCUUCGUAUAUCCUAUAUUCUCUUCCUUCUCCUACUACACACACACCAUUUCUUUCCAUGGUAUUUUUCCCUCCUCCCCCACUCAUUCUUUAAAGCAUUUUUGUACAUACAUUUAUUUUUAUUAUCAAAGCAUUAAACUUAUCCGGGUGUUUUGCACCGAAGAA